AUGGAGCUUGGCACAGAAAUCGACACAAAAAUCGACAGCGAAAAUUCAAUUUCUAAUUUACCAGUCGACUGCUUUGCCAGAAUAUUGACUUUUCUCAUCGAUGAUGAAAACACAUUGUUUUCCGCUGCAUUAGUUAAUCGAACCUGGUGCCGACUCGCAAUUCCAUUCUUAUGGAACUCAUUCCAUUUUAUUCGUGAUGAUAGAGAAGGAAGAUGUAUUACAGAAACACUUAUUAGAUGUAUGAAUGACGAGGAACGUAAUGCGAUAAUUAAUUCAGGACUCAGAUUAAAGAAAUCUUAUCCUCAACCACUUUUCUUGUACACUUCUUUUAUCAAAAAUUUUGAUUUGAAUAAGCUUAAAACAGUGGUUAGUUGGUACACUCACAAUUCCUAUAAAGAUUAUGUUGCGCGUGAUAAUUCAAUCCGGCAAAAUACAUAUGAUAGUAAUAACAUCAAUCAAAUAGCCUUACAACUUCUCACACAAACAUAUAAACUCAUCUUCCGAACUGCUGAAAAUUUAGAAAGUUUCGACGUCACUACAAACAUUCUUUCAUAUUUUAUGCCGAACUUCACUUCCUCAUUUCAUACACCAUCUGUUUUGGCAAAAUUGAAAAAAGUCAAGCUUUCACGAAACGACGUAUAUGACGCAUACGGCAAAUACGAAGAAUCGGAAAAAAAUCUAGAAAAUCUGAGAUAUUUAAUAAAUGCAUUAAAGUUGCUGAGCCGUAAUAUCAGAGUUUUAGAAAUCGAUACCAAUGUACUUGAAUUAAACAAUAUUCAUCAGUUUUGUGAUUUACUCGAAUUUCAACAUAAUUUAAAGCAUCUUAUCUUAAAAAAUAUUGGAGAUGAACAUGUUUCAAUUAUUCAUGCUCUCCACCAUCAGGCAAAAUCUUUAGUUUACCUAGAAUUCCGUUAUUCUUCUCUCUCAAUCUGGACAGUAACCUUACUUAAAAAAUUAGGGAUAUUUACAAGAAUGGAAGGCAUAGCAUUUAUGGAGUGCGAAUGGAACAGUAGACAUGAAAAUCUUUUUAUUGAUUGGUGGACAGAGUUAUCACAAUUUCCAACGAGGCUAAACAAAUUAUAUUUUGAUUGCACCGCCACAAUAAUUGAUAAAAUCAUGAUUCCAUUGAUAAAAAUCGUUGGAAAUAAUCUAAAGGAGCUUAGAGUUCGAAAUGAUUGUACUCAACAAUUGAUCGAAGUCAUUGCGGAACAUGCGAAAAAUAUUUCUUCUUUGGAAAUCUGGCUUAACCUUGCAGCAGUAGCAGCACCAUUUCUUCAAACAAUAACAUCACUUCAAAGCCUGCAGCUUUUAAUAUUGAUAAACCGCUUUGAACCCCAUGACUCACUUUCUGAUGACUUUUGGAUAGAAUUAUCGAAAACAAUGAAUCCUGAUAUGAAAUUCUAUACCAAUUUUAUCUUAACUCCACACGCGUUAGCUUCUCUUCUAUUAAAUCACAUCCAACCAAGUAACCAAUAUUUUAGAGUAUUGUCCUGGAGCUUUUAA